GUCUGAUUUUAUUCCCAGCAUGGACGUCAUCUGUGCUCCUGUCUACAUGUUGUCUAAUUUACCAGUCAACUAUUCCACUCCAUUCCACUAACAUCGCACCAACAUUCAAAGCCUAAGCCUCCAAAGACUGCACAUUUCCAAACGCCCAAGAUCUCGCAGAUGUCACAGCAGCAGCAGCCAUGAAUAUGAAUCGCAAUCGCCUCAACCAGAUGCGUCAAAUGGAUCGGGGCAACGAGGGCCUGCAGCAGGUCAUCCAAAUGCAGGCGGCUCCCUGUCCAGGCGCCCAGAAUCAGAAUCUGAAUCAGCAGGGUCACGAUGGAGGACAGAAUCCGGCCACACAGACCGUGCGCCGCAAGACGACUUACACCCGGACGGAGAUGCUGUCACGUGGCCUGCCCACUGCUCAAAACCGCCGCCCGGCUGGACAGGAUUGGGCCAACCAACUAUCACCGAAACAACGAAACUAUUCACAACCACCGAAGGCUGUCAUCCCGGCCACUCCGUUGGUCCAAAGCACCAAUGCCACCAAUAAGAGCACUAGAAGUUUUCUGCCCCGCGUGGCCAGAUUACCAGCCAAGUCGGACAGAUCGCCCAAUAGGAUGCAGAUGCAGUUGCAGAAUCGCUUGGGUCCUCGCGAGACUGAGACGAAAGUGGAGCAGUCACAAAUCCCCGUUGGCAGUCACAAGACCAUGCACUUGGUGAAUUCACCCGAGGACAGCCAGAGCGAUCAUUUCAUAAGCGACAGUGGUGGCUCCUCGGAGCGCCACAAGAUCAAGUUGGCCAAGGCCAUUCGAUUGCCGGAUGACCAGAACAAGAGCUUCGUCUAUCUGUGCAAGCCGGUGAAGAAGGUCAAGGAGUUGCUGACGGCCAGGAGAUUGCGUCAUAGUUGCGAGCACCUGGAAGGGGAUGCCCAGGAAGCAGACGAAGAAGAAGAAGGGGAUUUCUUCUUGGAGGAGCUGGAGUCGCCAAAGAAGCAGACUAUUUCCGAGGAGGCACUGCGCAGCAAGGGCGGCUAUACUCUGGCCCCCAUUGAGGGGCUGACGCAAUCAUCGAGCUCCACCAGCCAGCUGGAUAGCCCCACCUUGGAGGCCAUGGAGCAGCGGCAGCAGCAAUUCGAGGCCCAGGCGGUGAGCAGCCAGGAGCGUUUGCGCAACCGCCUGCUCGAAGUUCGCCAGAGGCAGCGGCAGUUGCUCCAGCUGGAGCAGGAGCAGCGCCACCAGGAGCAGCGCCAGCUAUGCCAGAAUCUGCCCACUCUGCAGCACGAAAUACGGAUGCUUCAGCAGCUGAGCGAUAAGCUGGAGGCCACAAUGAGGGUUUCGUAUAUACCCAAACCACUGACGCCCAAGAAAAGGAGCUACAAUAAUGAUACAAGUCAGGAGUCCAACACUCGAUUCUACACGCCCCGUUCGAGUCCCUAUCAAUUGGAACUGGAACUGCCCAUCACCAAGCUGUGUUGUCUGAGCAUCGAACAGAUUCCGGUGGUCACACAAAGAACUCGCAUCAUUGCCAAGGCCCAUCACUUCGGUUUGGUCCAGGAGUUCCGCAUUGAGACCAAGACCCUGAACGAACUGAAGACGGCGGAUGAUUCGCAAUGCUUUUACUUGCCCGCCGCCAAGGAAGCCGAUCCGCUGCAGCGCACCAAUUUCCGGAAACUGAGGGAGAACCCAAGCAUACUGCUGCAGCAGCUGAGACCGCUGAUAGCCGGAAGCGGAAGACCCUUCAAUCUGUUGGAUCAGGACACCAUGUUCUUCAAUAGCCUGGCCUUGGAACCACUCGAAGUGGCCACACGAGAGGCGGGAGGUGGUGGCGCAUCCAUUGCCCAUUAUUAUUCACGCCUCUCGGUGGCAAGAUCAUCGGCAGCAGAUCAGGGUGAUCAGGUGCCCAGUCAAGUUCAUAAUACCACGCAAACAGACCUGGAAUCGCCCAGGAAAAUGAAGAUCGCCGAACCGGAAACAGAGAUCAGUUCCCCCGAUUAUUCACCGAAUCCCAGUCCCAGGCUAAUCAAGCGAAAGAAACUGGAACUUGAGGCGAAGUCCCAGGAGACUAGGAAACCCGAUGAUCCCAAGCCCAAGAAGACCCGGAUUAUCAUUCGUCGAGUGGCUCCGGAGCCGCCCAUUCAAAGUCGCGUCGAGCCCAAGGUGCGGAUGCAGUUGCUCAAAACCGUGCUGGUCGGAAUGGUCCAAGUUGCUGUUAUUUUGGUUCUCAUCAUGGCCUUCACCUACCCCGAUGUGAGCUGCUGAACCCCCUACACACCUCUUAAUAUUACGCAUCUAUCUGUCAGCAAGGAGAAAAAACCCCCACGCUUUCCAAAAUUGUUCAAAAUGAACCGAAACAAAGGAUUUGCCAUAGAGAAGAGUAGUGGUUAUAAAAGCAAGUAGCGGGAAAAGCAAAAGAUGCCCCCAUAACCGAUUCGGUGUUCGAGUUCACACUUAGAUUUUCGAAUUUUUUGUUUUCUUACUCGGUCGCAGCGGUGCCAAGUCGAUCAAUGUUAAUAAAAUUUUAUGUGCAAUGUGAACCGUUU